GAUCACAACCAUAACAACAUAUACAUAUUUUGCCCAUUUUGCCUGCGAGCAGGGUUCAGACAUUAUUAUGCUUAUAACAGCAUCAAGUUGAUUGUCCGUUAUUUCUGUAUAGCAAAGUGAGAGCAAAAAUGUCAAGGAAAUGAAUUACAAUCUCCAAGUUCCGGUUUAUUGCGAACACUAUGAACCACUUUUAGUGGAAGAGAUUGCAUUAGUGGAGCAUCCUACAAUGCUGCACUAUGGAAAAUGUGCGGUGAUCGGUUACCUGAAACGAAGUUCAGACAUGCUAGAUUCGUUGAUGAUUCCAAGUUUACCAAAUGACCUGCAACUGCCGGAUGGAACAAGUCAGCUGCAAUUGUUAUUCGAAAACUACCACGGGCCUGUUUAUUCCAAUUCAACUGUUAGAGUGUAUGGUUGCGUAAGUUUGAAUGCUUCCCCGGAGAUCGCAGUUAGAAGCAGUAAGGAUAUAAUCUGCUAUUUUCGACAGCUUAAAACUGAAAUUGAUUUAAAACAAAUUGAAACUCCGUUAUCGGAAUGCAGGUUCCAAAAAGAAUGGAAUCUUGCAAGUAAUAUGUACAAACCAGUACUUGAUGUAGAAUAUUAUGAAACAGUUCAGCAAGCUAAAGAAGUCAUAUCUUGCAAUUUACGAUUGAAGCGAAUUAACAAACAUUUAGAACUAGUAACGCAAAACUCAUAAAUGCGGAUAUUGUUAAUUUCUGUAUGAAUCUUUUAUUUUUUUAAAUGUAUGAAGAUAGGAAAAUGAGUUACUAAAAUAAUAAAGUUUAUGUGCGACUCAGUUCUGACUACAUUAACAAGAUCAAGUAUAAGCUGAUCUUCAGCAUGUAUUGCUUCAUUAAGUACAGCGACAAUCGAACGUAUUUCUAAGGGAUAUAUAUUUAUAAACUUACUUUUCGACAAGUUCGACUUUAGAAACUUUACAAGAAUAUUUAUCAAAGUAUUAGAUUUUUCGUUCGAUUCCAAACUCAUUUGUGCUAAGCGUAAACUGACAUGUUUGAACACUUCAGGAAUACUUAUAAUUGAUGUCAGCAA